AUGCAGUGGUAUCUUGCACUAUUGCUCUUUGCAAUUGCACUUCUGUGUGACGGCACGUUUAGUCAGUUAGGCAGUGGCAACACAACUGCCUUAAACACAAGGACUUUUGUGAAAAAAGAUUGUGACGGAAUAAAAACAUACAUAUGCGAUUCUUGCACAUCCCGAAGACCAUGUUUUGGUACUCAGGAAAUUGAAGCCACCUUUACAUGUGGUACAGGAUUGUUCUGCAUAGAAGGUACUGCAACUGAUCGUUGCAGCCCGACACCAUCGGAAGCUUGUAUAACAUCAUCUGCGAGCUCAUCCUUCACAUGCACUGCUACAGGUGUUUUUCCAGAUCCUAACAAUUGCAACUACUACCAUGUGUGUCUAGCGAUUAGUGAAUCUUCCUCCGUAUACAGAUGUCCGCCAGGAUACGUCUUUGAUGUAGUAACUUCCUCCUGCAUUCGCCAACUGUCGGCAGCUAAUUGCGUUACCGUUACCUGUCCUGUUGGAGCUCCUCGCUACGUUCUCUACGGCACAAGUCGAGUAUAUUACGCUGUAUGUAACGGUGCCAGCCUACCUACCCAGGUAUUACGGUGCCCGAACGGUGCACUAUUCACGUUCUUUACAUCUAGUACAAUUUUCGGUGAAUGUGUGUACACUUGCUCAGGACAGGGUAAUUAUGCUAACAGUAAUAAUCCUGGUUCAUAUUUCCAAUGCUACAUUUCAAACGGUCGCUUAGUGUACAACGAACUCGAUUGCCCAUCAGGCACCAUUUUUAAUCAAACCUUGCGAUAUUGUACAAGGCAGUAA